GCUGUCUUCAUGUGUACGUACGUACGUCUGUGCGCGAUGCGGACGGCCGGGUAGGCCUAGUAGUCACGCCUACCACUUUGCAGGUUCGAGAUGGCGGGUUCGCUCAAAAAGCUUUUUCUCGGGUUUGACUUCAGCACUCAGCAGAUCAAAGCUAUUGCAAUCAAUGAUGCACUGCAUGUUGUGCAGGAAUUCUCAGUUCAGUUUGACAAUGACCUCCCAGAUUUCAGAACUCAAGGAGGUGUGCACAUCCAGGCCGACCGCCUGACCAUCACCUCUCCCACUAUUAUGUGGGUCAAGGCACUAGACUUGCUCCUUGACCGCAUGAAAGCUGCAGGUUUCAACUUUUCCCAGGUCGUUGCACUGUCAGGGACGGGCCAGCAACAUGGCAGUGUCUAUUGGAAGACUGGUGCUUCCGCAACACUGGGUAAUCUACAAUCCAACCAAUUCCUGCACGAACAACUCAAGAACAGCUUUGCCGUGAAUGACUCCCCUGUGUGGAUGGAUUCUAGCACCACAGUACAGUGCCGCAACCUGGAAGGGAUGAUGGGAGGUCCGCAGCGUGUGGCCGACAUCACAGGGUCUAGGGCAUACGAGCGCUUCACUGGAAACCAGAUUGCAAAAAUCUACCAACAUAAUCAAGCAGUGUAUCAUGCCUGCGAGAGAAUCUCUUUGGUUAGUAGUUUUGCAGCCACUUUGUUCCUUGGCAGCUAUGCACCAAUAGACUACAGCGAUGGGUCAGGGAUGAACCUCCUUGAUAUAAGAAGUAAGGGCUGGUGUCCACAAGCCCUGGACGCCUGCGCACCGAACCUAGCUAAUCUCCUUGGUCCACCUGUGCCAUCUUCAACAAAUCUUGGUGGAAUAUCUUCUUACUUUGUUGACCGAUAUGGCUUCUCUGCUGAGUGUCAGGUGGUGGCAUUCACAGGAGACAAUCCAGCAUCGCUGGCUGGAAUGGCUUUGAAGGAAGGAGAUAUUGCUGUAAGUCUGGGGACCAGUGACACCUUAUUCCUGUGGCUGAAAGCACCACGCCCUGCCCUGGAGGGCCACAUUUUUGUCAACCCCGUCGAUGUGCAGGCAUACAUGGCUUUACUUUGCUUUAAAAAUGGCUCUCUAACCCGCGAGCGAAUCCGGAAUGAGUGUAGCAUGGGAUCGUGGGAAACUUUCAAUCGUCUCCUUGAGUCCACUCCACCUGGCAAUAAUGGCAAUAUAGGUAUUUACUUUGAUGUGCAAGAGAUUACCCCAUCAGCAGUUGGCGUCUACCGUUACAAUGCCAACAACGACCAAGUGGAAGGUUUCCAACCAGCCGUGGAAGUCCGAGCCUUGUUGGAGUCUCAGUUUCUGGCCAAGAGACUCCAUGCCGAGAACCUCGGCUAUCUUGUUGGUCCAGUGCAAGAGCAAGGAUCCCGGGUUUUAGCCACUGGCGGUGCAUCGUCCAACAGGGCCAUCCUUCAGGUGCUGUCUGACAUCUUUGGGGCUCCAGUGUACGUCCUGGAUGUUGCCAACUCAGCUUGCCUAGGAUGUGCAUACCGAGCUAAACAUGGUUUCCAUGGUGAUAAAGUUGUAUCAUUUGAAGAUGUUGUUCAUGCAUCGCCAGCAGAGUACAAGUUAGCAGCCAUGCCUAAUCCAGGUGCCAAAGAGGUCUAUGACAACCUUUUGGUGAGGUACAAACUAUUGGAAGAGAGGAUCACUCAACAUUAAUUUUUAGUUUGCUGAGACUGUCUGUGAUUGACACUGUGCCAAAAAUAAUUCUAAAUUGCUCUUCAUUACACUGUACACAGUCUUCUCAGAUACCUGUAUUUGGUCAUAAGCAGCUGAGCAGACUUUAAUUCAGGGGUUUUGUUUAUUUUCUUCUACUGAUGAUCCCAUUCCAGGCAAAAAUCUUUUAUUUUUGAGUCUUGACAAGGCCCUUGUAUGCACAGGGUUGAUAACAUUGAAUAAUGUUGUACACUGCCACUUUUUAUUUUGGAAAUUAUUAAAAUAUGGAAUUGCUGUACUCUGGGUUUUUUGUCCAUUUUUGAUCUGGUUUGAAUUAUGUGGUCAAAUUGUCACAAGAAUGCAGAUGGUACAAACCUUUUUAAAGUCACUUGCCUCCAAAUUCCCUGACAAGUAUUUCCCAAACUUUCUAAGGCAUCUCUUGCUGGUGGCUUCGUUAAAAUAUUUUAUCCAAGGCUUGUUUGCAUUUUGUGGGGUAUAGACUCAUCUUUUGUCUUGUAUUCCAAGGAUUUUCAUGUUAUAAUGUUGCAAUAAAUACAGUGUGCUUAAAAUUGGAGGAAUAGAUCUCUUGGAGUGUAUUGAUGAGGUGUGAGAAAGGAACCAAGUGUAUAUCUGGACAGAGUUUCAUCUGGCAAUAGCGAAGAUUGAUUACAUGUAACUGUAACAAUCCUCAAUCCUCCGUUUUCAGUAUGAUUUUACAUACACCGUAGGGGGUUAGGGGUAAUCCAUGAGGUGCAUGAAAAACUGUAUAUUAAUCAGAGGAUCGAGUACUGACAGGGUUGCAAAAUUGCCUGUCUUCUUUUUUUGGCCAGAUUUUUCAAGUUCAUUCAUGGCUGGGUCUGAAUUAUUUGCCUUUGCUUGGAAUAACAUGGUGCUCCAGUAUGCAUUUUUUCAGAAAUCUGUUUCCAUUUUAAGCAGUAUUUUGUCAAUAAAAUUUAGAUUUAUUUGCAAGAAUUACAGAGUUAAAUAUAAAGAGGGUAAGGGGUUGUAAAUUUCGUGUAAGUAAAAGCUACCGGUACCUGUCUGAAACAAUUUUGGCCUGUCCUUGAGACAGGUAAACAUGUACAUGUACACUUGUGAAUAGCCACACAUACAUGUACAUUGAGAUACUGCAUCUUGAACGUGAGUUUGUGAAAUAUUUAUAUUUAUACAGAAGUGCAUAAUGCAUCACUCAAAUUUCACUAGAGAAAAAGAUCUGCAUGGAAAUGGAUGUAAACCUCACUCACAGAGAUCAGCUACUCAAAUUAGUGAAGCAUGCAGUAGAAGCUUGAUGUCAGAUGGAGAAGCAUGUACCGGUAUGCCAGUAUGCGUCUCACUCAUUUUGGGGGGCAUUUAUUGAUACCUUCAACUGUCAGCCAUUGUAAAUGUUGGAAUCAGAAGUUGAGUUAUUUUUCCUCUGAAAAUGAUGAAGAAUGAAAUGUGAAAAAAAGAGAAAAUAGUAAAAACAACCUUUACUGGAAAGAACUGCCGAUCAGGGCUGUAAUUGAUACUUGAAAUUUCCAUCACCACUACGUAAAUGUGACUUCUUGUUUCUACUACUAAAGUGGCUAUCCAUAAGGUAGUCUAAAAAUAUCUGUGAAUUGUUUAUUCCAAAACCUAAACAGCUCAUGAGGAAAUUGAAGACCAAAAAAGUGAAAUCAUCAAUCCUUUCUGGCAGUCGUUAAACAUAUCGUGUGGAACGAAGCGAUUUGUGUGCAGUUUAUGUACUACUGCCCUAUUGUUUAGAUUUUAUCUAGAGUAUUGCUUUUAGAAACAGGCUUCAAAAUGCAGAAUUUGGAAACCUUGAUAAUUCUAGUGCUCCCUUUAUGGAUAAUUUGGAUAUGUUUAAUUUAUCACACAAUCAUUUACUGAUGUAUUCACAAAAAUAUUCGUACAUAUAAUUCCCUGAAAAAUGAAUGUGUAUUAUUGAAUAUGCAUGUAUUGAAAGUGAUGAAUAAGUGUUUUGUUUAAUUUAAAACUACUGUUCAGCUACAUUUGGUUGGAUUACAUGUGUGAAAUGCAGUUGCUUGUUUGUUUCACAACCUCAGAAUUAGAAUCAUUGUGACGUCAUAAAUACAUCCGAUAUUGAUAAGCACAAAACAAAUUGGUGCUAAAUGUACAUUUUGUAAUAAGAUUCUAUAAUAAUGAUUAUAAAUUCUGGACAAUCCAAGGCUAUGGUUUGUUGCUGAUUUAUGGUGGGAUUUCAAAGUUUUGUUCACGCAUGGUGACAUUAUAUUUUAGUGUUUAGACUCACUGACAUUAUUGAAGAAAAGCUUAUCGGUGAGACUGAAUAACAUGACCCCUAUGAUGUUGGAAAAAAGCCAUGGUUUAAAAAUU